AUGCCAUCGCAAAUUAUGUGAAUGUACAAAUCAACUCCAAUCAGUGAUAUCAACCCAUGCAAGUUUGGAAAACUCAAGACAUCACAAUUAUGGAUGUAUCAUGGUCAGAUUUUUAAGGACGUGGGAUGAAAGGAAUCCUUUCAAUGGAAAUGAAUAUCGUGGCAUCGGCUUCUUAUUAAUUGACAAAAAUGAGGAUGUUGUUGAAGGAAAAAUAUUUCACGACCAGACAGACCAAUUUAAACAUAUCAUAAAUGAGGAAGAUAUAUUUGUUAUCAGCCAUUUCAAGCUUAUACACAAUAACAACAGAUACAAGUUAACGGAACAUAAAUUCCGUAUUUAUUUUACGGAAUAUACUAUUGUUAAAAUGGUUGAUCCCACCUCAUGUGAUAUUAUCAAAGAGAAAUUCCAGAUACGUUUAUACACUGAUUUGGUGGCAUUGGCAAACAAAACGCAAUAUUUGCCAGAUAUCAUUGGAGUUUUGGUUGCAAUUCAAGGACCAAACUUACAGAUGCCAUCGUCAACGCAAAAAAUAAUCCUCCGGUUAUUAUUGAAAGACAAUAACAUUGUCAAGCUUUUCAUAUGGGAUGAGCUCGCUGCACAACUACGGUCACAAAUGCACAGAUUGAGUAUUCGAAAAAGUGUCAUCGUCAUUACUGGUGUAAACCCAAAGAUUAUCGACGGUAUUGUAACGCUCAGCACAUCAAUGUCCACCAAAAUUUACAUGGAUGAGAACCUCAACGUCAUCAAAAAUUUCCGCCUAAGCAAGCGAAGAAAAACAAUGGUACCGCACACCGUCCCAACAUAUCAUCCCCAUUGAACUUAUGCCUCAUCUACGAAGCGAUAUCAAUAUUAUAUCAUUGAUUUAAUUAUGUUUUAAAACAUAG